AUGGUAAAUUUAAUCCUUGGUGUGACUGGCAGUGUGGCGAGUAUCAAAUUGCCUGUGCUUUUACAAAGUCUACGAGCUGCAGCUGACAAUAUCGAAAUUAAAAUUAUUGCUACGACUCAUUCCUUCCAUUUUUUCGAUCAACUAUCCAUUGAUGCAAAUAUUUAUAAUGACGACGAUGAAUGGCAGGCAUGGAAACAGAAAGGUGAUCCAGUCUUGCACAUUGAGUUACGAAAAUGGGCCGAUAUAAUGUUAAUUGCACCAUUAGACGCCAACACACUUGCAAAGAUAGCCAACGGAAUCUGUGAUAAUCUCUUAACUUGCUUGAUGAGAGCCUGGGAUUUGAAACGACCAGUCAUUUUCUGUCCAGCUAUGAAUACUCAUAUGUGGAAACAUCCAAUAACUAGUAAUCAUAUAGCGAUAUUGAAAAAUUUUGGAUACAUUGAAGUCGAACCAAUUGAGAAACGACUGGCAUGUGGUGAUACUGGCAUUGGUGCGAUGGCUGAUAUCGAAAAAAUUGUUGCAGUCGUUAUGGAUAUCUUAUCACAGCUAGACACAAUACGAUAG